AAAAGUUUGACGUUUCCGAAAGUUUGUUUGUUUGCGGUCGAAAUCAAGAGGCAAAUUAUUUUUUUCUUUAAAUAAAAUAAAAUUACGAAUAUUGUGCAGUGAUAUAUUGCUCGAGUGACAAUGGCAGCGAACCGUGAGCGACGUGCCAAUGCCGGAAACCGGAUCGCCAAGCUGCUGGACGAGGAAGAGGAGGACGAAUUUUACAAAACGGCUUACAACGGCGGUUUUCACGAUACGGCGGAUGAUCGGGAUUACAUUCAAAAGAAUGAUGAUGAUGAUGACAUCGUGGACUCGGAUUUUUCUAUUGACGAGAAUGACGAACCCGUGUCGGACCGCGAGGAAGAGUCCGCUCUCAAGCGCAAAAAGAAGGCCGUCAACACGCGAGCGUACAAGGAACCCGUGGCGAAGAAGAAAACACCGGUGAAGGCACCCAAAGAGGCGCGGCCCCGUGCCGAGCGGCAAAAGUCGCCCAAGUACACCGUGCAGGAUUCCGGCCGGAAAUCGUUCCGCAAGACCACGGCGGCCAAGACGGCAGCGACACUUGUUCGGAUCAAGCAGCGGGUUGAAGCGGAAAAGCGGAAGCCGAAGGUGGUCAAGAUUGACGAGUACAUUCCGACGCAGGAGGAACUGCUCGAGGAGGCGGAGGAAACGGAGAAGGAAAAUCUAAAGUCGUUGGAAAAAUUCCGGAAAAUGGAGCUCGAAAAAAAGAAGACCCGGCCCACGAAGCGGGUUUUCACUGGUCCCAUUAUAAAGUAUCAGUCGUUAACAAUGCCGUUAGUGGAAGAAUUGCAGGCAGGUUCGAGUGUGGAUUCGUUGGCCAAAAUGGAACUUGACGAAAUGGAUGAAUCAAGGGAUAAAAGCGGCAAGGAAAAGCAAAGCAAAAAGAGCGGCAAUCGGAAAUCGACCAAAGUGGCCGUCAGAGGGCACUGCGAGCGCACAUUCAUCACGUUUGAAAAUGAUCUGGACGACGCCCUGUUCGGUACGUUCUUCCCCAAGCCACAGAAACGGGAACGUCGCAGCCAGAUUUGUGCCAUCACGCGACUUCCGGCCCGGUACUACGAUCCGGUCACGCAGCUACCCUACCGGAACCUGCAGGCGUUCAAGAUUCUCCGCGAGGCUUACUACCAGCAGCUGGAGGACAGAGGCAACCCGGACAAUCCGGACGUGAGCAAGUGGCUUGAGUGGCGCAAGCGAAUCAAAGAGUACAGACUGAAGAGUUUAAACAAAAAUAGCUCAUUGAUGGGAAUGAUUUCCGGAAGCAACUAGAAUUGUGCGUGUGUUUGUUUAAACAAUUUCCCAUUAUGAUUCAUUACGAAAAAAAAAAUGCUUUAAAAAAAUGAACUCUGCUUUUCUCUUGAUGGCAUGCACCUCCACAGCAUCCAGGUUGUGCGAUUCCUUGAGUUUUUUCUUGACGAAUUCAGGUGAAGCCGGUGGAAGUCCCCUGAUGACGACGCGGAGUUGCCGCUCGCUUCGUUUCUCGUGGGUACAGAACUCCACUUUGUUCGCAAUCAAGUGGGACCGCGCGGUUUCGAAACGCUCCUCGGAGAUACACAGCAAUUUGAUCCCAAACGGAGUCAGCUUGUAACUUGGCUUGGUUGUGCACGGCGACAUUACACUCCUCAGCUUGGCGUAGCUCGUAUUAUUUACCACCAGAGGAGGCGAUUCUUGGCCACUGGAACCGGUGGGACGUUUCCUUUCCCGGCUGGGUUACCUUUGUUAUUGUUGUUGUU